GACUGUGGUGACGUGGCCGGCUUUGGCGCUGUGUUUCCCGGACAUCCUCGCCGCUGACAGCCGCUGUCCUCGGAGCUAGAAGCUAGAAGCUAGCGGCUAGCUGAUGCUAAUGGAGGCUCCCUCGGUGUUCCUGCUGCUGCUGCUGCUGUGUGUCCACGAAGACGGCCUGCACGCCGCCUCGCCAAGGCGGAGAGGACCUAAAGUCACCGAGAAGGUGUUCUUUGACAUCAGCGUGGCGGGUCAGGAGGUGGGCCGCGUCGUCAUCGGUCUCUUUGGAGAGGUGGUCCCUCUGACUGUGGCCAACUUUGUUGCCCUGGCAACAGGAGAGAAAGGUUACGGCUACAAAGGCAGCAAGUUCCACAGAAUCAUCAAGGACUUCAUGGUCCAAGGAGGAGACUUCACGCUGGGAGAUGGCACUGGAGGUCACAGCAUCUACGGAAGCACCUUUGCUGAUGAGAACUUCCAACUGAAGCACAUCUCUGCGGGCUGGGUGAGCAUGGCCAAUGCUGGUCCAGACACCAACGGCUCGCAGUUCUUCAUCCUGGCCACUAGAGCUCCGUGGUUAGAUGGCAAACAUGUUGUGUUCGGCAAAGUCCUGGACGGGAUGUCUGUGGUCCACACCAUGGAGCUCCAGGACACCAACGAGAGGAACCUGCCUCACACGGACUGUGUGGUGGUCAGCAGCGGCAGGAUGGACGUCAGAGAGCCUUUUAUUGUGGAGGUGGACGGCUGGUAGAAGAAGAAGAAGACAAGGUCAAAGAGCCUUUUAUUGUGGAGGGCUGGUAGAAGAAGACAAGGUCAGAGAGCCUUUUAUUGUGGAGGGCUGGUAGAAGAAGACAAGGUCAAAGAGCCUUUUAUUGUGGAGGGCUGGUAGAAGAAGAAAGAUGUUGACUAUGCAAACUUGUUAAGAUGACAUCUUUACAUGAAAGAAUGACAACAUAUCACUUUGAAAUCUGCAAUAAAUGUUGCUGCCAAAAAACCUUUGA